AUGAAGUUCUAAAGUAUCUUUUAUCUACUUUUAAUAUUAUUAGGUGGAACCUAAGCAGCCAAUACCUUAAUAAAUUCUGGAUUGACUGACGCCUAAAGACAAAUUUUACUUGACACUCACAACAUGUUAAGAAAUAAAGUUGCAGGAGGAUAGCAAAGUCCAUAACCUUAGGCUGCUAAUAUGAUGGCCAUGAACUGGAGUACUUCCUUAGAAGCAACAGCUUAGGCUUGGGCUAGUAAUAUGAGCUAAGUUAUGAUUCACUCAGGAAAUGACAAGGGUUAUGGAGAAAAUUUAGCUGAAAGUGGAUCAACAGCUCAAAAUGACUAUGAUCCUGCUUCUCAUGUUCAAAUGUGGUUUGAUGAAGUUAAGGAUCCUUCCUGGUAAACUAGUUAUAUAAAUACUUAUACAUUUGGUUCUGCCUAUGGCCAUUAUUCUCAAGUUGUUUGGGCUAAAUCUAAUAGUUUAGGUUGUGGCCAUUCUUAUUUUUUUGAUGGUACUUAUUACUAACACUAUACUGUAUGUUAAUAUUAGGCUCAAGGAAAUUAUAUAGGAUAGGCAGUUUAUGUUUAAGGAACUCCUUGCUCUUAAUGCGGGUCUUAAUAAUGCAAUACAAAAUAUACUUCAUUAUGCGGUGUUUCAAAUGCUGUAAAUACUAGCUCAAAUCCCUCUUCUCCUUCUUCUACUUCUUCUAAAAGCUAACUUCUCUCUUUUGCAUAGUUUGUAUCAAUUGUACUCCUUUUAACUUAUUUAAUGUGUUGA